AUGGUGAUGUGCGCUCAGGCUGCCUCCUACAGAACUGGAGGACUAGGAGCACAGGCGACGAUUCGAAGUGACAAGCAUUAUGGUUCCAGCUUCAAGGAGACAACACGGGACUUCCUGUUCUGCUUGGCUGCCCUCACGAACACUAUGGAGAGGCAUGCCGGCGCCCACCAUGGCCUGCGGACUUCUUGCUCCCCUUUGAGGCAGGCGACUGGAUUUUACAAUCAACAUUAG